UAUAAGUUGUAGCUGGGUUCUGUGUGUGGAACAUAACAUAGUAAUUAACAUCACACAUAACAGUCACAUUUUGAGCAACAUUGCCCCUUUUCCGUUCAUUUAGGUGGAUCGUUUUCACGUUUGAGGUGUUUAUUUCAGAGAUGACUGUUGCUCUGCAGGCCAUCUCCCCAUGAGUCAUCCUGAUGCGUUUCAGCACCGUGGAGAGCGCCAGCCCUGAGCUCCGUCCCCACAGCUCUGAGUUCUGCACCAACACAAAACAAUACCCUCUCAUUCAACCAUGCCUCUGGGUCUUAUUGAGAAAACGUGUGUGUGUUUGUGCGCCUGUUGGAGGGGGGUGACUAUUUGUGGUCAUUAUUGACAAGACAGUAGAGAGUGAACCGCAGUGGGAGGGGCGACAGAGAUGCCGCAUUUUUCUGAAUGAAAUUACUCCAUCUAUCUCCCCUCCCCAUACUCUCCCCGCAUCUUUAAGCCGACACCUCAUUGGUCGAGCCUCCCAAUCACUGACGUCAGGUAGGCUCUCUUGUGGAUGACUCCGCGCGCAGGAGCAUCCAUUCUGCCUCCCAUAAGCGCUCCGGAGAGAUUGAAGACGAAGAGAUGCAAGGGACACCGAGUUAAAGUUUGGAGCAACUUUGAUGAAGCCCGGAGCACGGAGAGGUGUCACACACACUGGGACUGUCCUUCUUAUUUAACCCGGUGCUGAACAUCACUACGUACGGCAUCACCCAAUCUCCAUCAUUUGACUUAGAUCUUAAAAGAGGAGACAACACAUCUGUUUAACUCACAGAAUCACAUUAAUAAGGUUGUUUGCUGAUCAGCCAUGAUCCUGAACGCCUCUGACCUGGGCUGGGAUGAGUUCUCAGGUGCAGACCCCUUCUUCCCCCUGGACAAACCGGAUAGUUCUCCUCCAUAUGAAGUCCCGCCCCUCACAGUGUGGGGCGUUGCACUGUGUGUUUCAGGAACUCUCAUCGCUACUGAAAAUGCAAUAGUUGUCACCACCAUCUUGGCCACCCCGUCUUUUCGCGCCCCUGUUUUCCUGCUGCUGGCAAGCCUCGGACUGGCCGACCUCUUGGCAGGUGUUGCAUUGGUCCUGCACUUCCUCUUCUUGUUCUGCGUGGAGCCCAGUGAUUGGUCAGAAUUGCUGAUCUCCGGACUGCUGGUGACAUCACUGACUGCAUCCCUCUGUAGCCUGAUGGGUGUUGCUUUGGACAGAUACCUGUCUUUAAGCCACGCCCUCACCUAUGGUUCGAGCCAAUCGCGUCACAGAGCCGCCAUCCUCCUGCUGCUGGUCUGGUUGGGUGCUUGUGUCAUUGGAGCGGGACCUGCAAUGGGAUGGCACUGUCUGGGAGAGCCAAGCUCCUGUUCUGUAGCAAGACCUCUGACCCGGACAUAUCUGUCGCUGCUGUGUGGUGGCUUCCUGGUAGUUGUCAUGGUAACCCUGCAAUUGUAUGGUAGUAUAUGCCGUGUGGCAAGGCGGCAUGCCCACGCCAUUGCUACCCAGAGGCACUUCCUCCCUGCCAAUCAAUCAUAUGCAAGCAAACACAGCAGUGGGAGAGGCUUUUCUCGGCUGAUUCUGGUCCUCAGUGUAUUUGUGGGCUGCUGGAUGCCUUUCUCCCUCUGGGGGCUGCUGGGAGACGCUUCCAGUCCUCCUCUGUACACCUAUGCCACCUUGGUGCCGGCAGCAGGUGGCUCGCUGCUGAACCCAAUACUCUACAGUCUGAGAAACAAAGACAUUCGCAAGGUGCUGCUCCAGGCCUGCUGCCCCCACAGAUGCACACACAACACACAGAUACACUACCCUGUUGAUGUGUAGACUGCCAAACCUACCCAGACUCAAACCACCACAUCAAUGCCAGACAUAUCACUGUUUGUGUGCCAAAUACGCACAUAGCUGCACUGACUAUCGUCCAGAAUAAGAACAUGAAGUCUCAAACACACACACACAUACUCCCACACAUGCAAGCUCCAAGAGAUGAAGUCCUGCAAAUCAGAAUGUCCUGAACUGUCCUGGCUGGCAGCCAUCUUGGGACUAAAGACUAAAUGUACUGUCUUGUAUGUAUGUUGUGCCUCAUCCUGUCAAUUGUAGAUCCACUCGAUCAGCAGACUGACACAACCACAGGGAUGCUAUAUAUAUCCCCACUCAUAAAACGGUGGAUUUAAUGACCAUCGGCACUUUAAGACGAGAGGGACGGGUUUUAAAUGUAAGCCUAUCACAAUGUAAUGACAUAUGUGAUCCAAAGGCCAAUUUUAUUUACUUGAAUGUCUAGAACAUUUGAGAUUCUAUUUUGCACACGCUGUUAAAGGCACUUUGAAAUGUACUGACCAUAUGUUCGUGUUGCACAGCCUUUUUGAAAUGAAUGAAUAUUUUAUACUGAUGAAUAAUAAAUAUGCUUUUUUUCUACUGGGUAAUGUCAGCACUCUUCUCUUUACUGCUGCUGAGGCUUUCAGUUUGUUUGUCUCUUUCUAUCUCUCGCUUUAACUCAAUUAGGCCCAGACUGCUGCUCUCUAUUCCUGCAUCCUAAAUUAUUUGGCGGCUAACGCAAUCUUCAGUAUUAUUACCAACACUCUGCUGUCCUUUAAAACCUACAAAGCAGCUUUGGUAUGAGGAUGUAGUGAUUAUGCAAGAGGUUUUUCUCUGCUCAUUUUCGGAACUUUUAUCCAGUUGAUUCAUUUUCACACUCCCUACGCAGUCAACACCGGGAGAGGUGUCCAGCACUGACAAGUAUGGAGGAUGAGUCAUGGAUAAAGCAUGGGCAGUCUUAUGCCAAGGCUCAACACAUUACAACAUUUACACUAUGCAAUCUCACAGAAAGGAAAACUAAACAAUUGCUAUUAUUAACUCUUAUCUUUAUUGAAAUAACUAUAAUCAUUUGGAAUUUAAGGCAGGAAAAGCAGAACUUUGGCUAAGCACGCUGUGUGAUUGUGCUUUAACACAGGCUGAUUUAAAA